GCGCGCGCGCAUGCGCUGUGCUUUAACUCUCUCACAAGACAACCUAACCUAAAGCAAGCUAAGCUAGCUCCUACAGGGAGUAUAUAGCACGCCGGCCUUGCACUUGCACCUCACCUCGCCUCCCUUGUAUAUAUACACUCACUAGUACACUAGUAGCCGGCCGGCCGGCGAGCGAGAGAGGUCGAGUCGAGAGAGAUCGAUCGAGCGAGAGCUACCUAGCUAGCUAGGCUAUAGGCCUGCACACACAUACAGCUAGCUAGCUAGCGCGCUCGAGACGAUGCUGGCCUGCAUCGCCUGCGUCAAGCAGGAAGAUGGCGGCCGCCGCCAGGACACGCCGCGCGCCGGCGCCGGCGCCGGGGACGACACGCCCACCUGCAGGGACCCCGUCAAGACGCUCACCUCCCAGCUCAAGGACAUGGUGAUGAAGCUGUCCGGCACGAGCCGUCAUCACGGUCAGCAGAGGCGUGGCGGGUCGCCGCCGCCGAGGGGCCGGACGACGUCGGUGUACCGGAGCGGGUACUACCGGCCGGGCAUGGUCCAGGACGACAUGGCGGUGCCGCCGGCGACGUACCUGGGCGGCGGCGGGACGUCGAUGAGCUCGGCGAGCUCGACGCCGGCGUGGGACUUCGCGCGGCCGGCGGAGGGCGAGGCUCGGGAGUGGGUGGCGCAGGUGGAGCCCGGGGUGCAGAUCACGUUCGUGUCCCUCGCCGGCGGCGGCGGCAACGACCUGAAACGCAUCAGGUUCAGCCGGGAGAUGUACGACAAGUGGCAGGCGCAGAAGUGGUGGGGCGAGAACAACGAGCGGAUCAUGGAGCUCUACAACGUCCGCCGCUUCAGCCGCCAGGUCCUCCCCACGCCGCCGCGCUCCGACGACGGCGAGAGGGAAUCGUUCUACUCUCAAGUGGGGUCGACGAGGGGGAGCCCCGCCGCCACGCCGUCGCCGGCGCCGCUCACCCCGGACCGCGUCACCAGCUGGAGCGCCUUCGUCCGGCCGCCGUCGGCCUCGCGCCAGCAGCAGCAGCACAGCUUCCGGCCGCUGUCGCCGCCGCCGCCGUCGUCGUCCAACCCGUCGGAGCGGGCCUGGCAGCAGCAGCAGCAGCCGCAGCGCGCUGGCAAGAGCCCCGCGGCGGCGUCGGACGCCAUGGACGCGGCGAGAACGACCAGCUGCUCGUCGAGGGACGAGGUGUCCAUCAGCAACGCCAGCGAGCUGGAGGUGACGGAGUGGGUCAUACAGGACGAGCCCGGCGUCUACAUCACCGUCAGGGAGCUCGCCGACGGCACCAGGGAGCUCCGCCGCGUCCGUUUCAGCCGGGAGAGGUUUGCAGAGCUGAAUGCUAAGCUAUGGUGGGAGGAGAACAAGGAGAGGAUACAGGCGCAGUACCUCUAGAUGAUCACUUUGCAUUAUUGGUAAAUCUGGGAAUUACUACUAGCUAAGCUACAAGUUGGAUGCUUCCAUUUUGCAAGGAGGAAUUAAACUACAUAAAGUUUAUUUUACAAGUAAAUAGAGUUUGUGUUCCAAGUUGGAGCUGGGAAAGAUUAAGAUAGGAGGUGGGAGGUGAGGGGAAAAGAAAGGGAAAAGUUUAGGGCAUUAGUACCUGCCCCAGGUAAUCUGUGACUGGUGUACCAUAAGUUCCACACAUCAACAUCCUUCAGCUUUGUUCAAUCCAA